GCUCUUUCAAGAACUUUGAGCAUUUCUGUUUUAGAUCAUCGCGGCUUGAGCCGAGUUGUUGAAGGUUUCAAGCUGUCGUCACUCCACCCAGUCAUCCUCAGCUUCGUGCUGUUUCUUCGCGGGGCGUACUUUUUUUUGAGCGGCUUGCUUUCUCGCCAGUCCAAGCAUCCGUUCUCUGCCAUGAUUCAUGUCAAGUGGGACCGAGAGACCCUGCAUUUUCCAUUGCCACCUCCGGAGACUAAGCUCGGAAAACUGAGAACAGACCUAGCAGAAUAUACCCACCUUCCUCUCGGAUCCUUCAAGCUCAUACAUGCCGGAGCUGUGAUGAAGGAUGAUUCUGCGCCACUGACAGCUUAUAAGAUACGCGAGAACUCUACUAUUGCGCUGAUCGGCGGGCAUUCACUUCCAUCAGCGCCGACGCCUGCGCCAUCAUCCAGACCACAACCUAAAGUGAAAGAGCCUCCAACAGAACAAAGUACUAUCACUGCCAUCCGAACCGAGCUUGAUCGUGUACGAACAUCACUGGUACCAGACGUUGACGCGUUGGUCAGCGCCCUUGCUCCAUCCACAGCCACAACCGUGCCACCUCCCACGUCUGCUCCAACACCCGCAUCAGGAAGUGCACCGACGCAGUCAUUUAGCUCCCCUGCGCAGGUCUCUUCUUUCCCCCCUCCUCAUCCUACGGUCGCAUCCUAUUCAUCGAAACCCACUUCAUCGGACCAUACGCGUUUAUCCGAACUUCUCCUGCAGUCAUUGUUGCGUCUUGAUGCUAUGCAUCUAGCGGGAUCGGAUUGGCCUGAAGCUCGAGCUGAACGCAAAGCUGCUGUCCGUGAGGUUCAAGGAGUGCUUGACCGGUUGGAUGGAGCUUGGUCGGCGCGGUGAGCGCUGAUACGUAUGUAUAGGUUGGCCUGGGACAUAUGGACGGGAGCUAGCAAGUUCUCUAUUAGCAUUAGAUGAUAUGUCUUGGAAUUCUGGAUGCGGCACAUACCUUUGAUUUUACAUUCGACUGAAAUAAUCCAAGACGGGAUGCCGACUUUGGGGUUGUUGGAGAGCUCACCGAGCGCCUGAUAUUAUAUGUUCAUCCUGCUCAAGCUCAUCGUAUACGAGGUAAAGAGUGGCUAGAU